ACCGCACCGCACAUUUCCAAGAUUCCCUGGCCUGAGCGGCGGCGGCGGCUGCUCGUCGGGCUCGCCCGCCGGACGGCGGCGGGGCGCGCGAGCCGCACUGGUGAGCGAGCCUGUGGCCUGCGCGAAGUAGAGGGCCUGGUCUCGUGAGGAGGCCACGGCAACGCGCUCUGGUGGACUGCGACGAUGGGAAGCUUGAUGAUCAGUGCUUGCUGACUAGUUGCAGACAGUUGGGUAUGCCAAGUGCAGCAGUCUGGCUUGUCUAGAAAGUGAGGUACAUACAUACAGCAACCUCCACUUCCUAAUAAGGGAUAAUUUCAAUCUGAAGGUUUCCCAUCCAGGAUGCAAACAAUGCAUCAGUGAUUGGAUGGAAGACAACUCUGUGCUCGCUCACAGUUUCUUUGAAAUUAAUGCUGUCCCACACCGCCGCAGCCGGAGGUGGGAGGCGGCGAGGCGAGGAAACCAAGAAAGCAAGCCAUGGUGGUCCGGAUCCGGCUGGCGCGGUUCGGGUGCCGGAACCGGCCCUUCUACCGGGUGAUGGCCGCCGACAGCCGCUCCCCACGGGACGGCAAGCAUCUUGAGGUCCUCGGCUACUACAACCCGCUCCCAGGGCAGGAUGGUGGCAAAAGGAUGGGUUUGAAAUUCGACCGGGUCAAGUACUGGCUGUCAGUUGGGGCACAACCAUCAGAUCCUGUGCAGCGAAUUCUUUUUCGAGCAGGACUUCUGCCACCACCUCCAAUGCUAGCUAUGGCUAGAAAGGGUGGGCCUCGUGAUAGGUGCCCCAUUCAUCCAAUGACUGGGCGCCCCUUGGAUCUUGAAGGCGUCAAAAUUGUUGAUGACUCCAAUGCUCCUGAAGGUGAUGCUGAAGAACCUACAAAUGAGGUGGCUUCAUAAGUCUUCUGUAGUGAUGCUAAAUUUUCUAUUUUAGCAUAUGUAGUGAUGCUGCAAGAGAAAACUUGUUUGUUGUUUUUCUGACAAGAUUAUGUGUACUUGUACAAUAUGGCAAGCUUUAGUUAUGUAAUCUUUCAUCCAUUUUGUUUUAAAAAAUGGCAGUGCUGUUGUUUUC